AUGGCUCCCACCACGGACACCAAACUAGAUUCCGUUCACGAAGAGCACCCAGGCAGCAUUGAUGGCGGCAAAGUUGAGAUGCCCAAUGAUCGACUCAAACAUGGAGAUCGGGCUUUAGCUCUCAUUGGCAGCGAGCAAAUCGAGCUUACUGAGGAAGAUAGUCGCCGGAUCUGUCGCAAGACGGAUCGUGUUAUUCUCGCCAUCUUAGUCUGGGUGUAUUUCCUGCAGAUUCUCGACAAAUCCGUCCUCGGCUACGGCGCUACAUACGGGUUGAAGACGGAUACGCACUUAACUGGGAAUGAGUAUUCAUUAGUCGGCUCUAUUGCCCCGAUUGCACAGCUCGCAUGGCAGCCUUUCUCAUCCUAUCUUAUUGUCAAAGUCCCGCAUCGAGUUUUGAUGCCCGCUCUUUGUUUAGGAUGGGGCAUUGCGCAAGCAUCAAUGGCAGCUUGCCAUAACUUUAGAAGCUUAAUGGCCGCUCGAUUUUUCCUUGGUCUUUUUGAAGCGGGUUGCCUCCCAUUGUUCAGCAUUAUUACCAGCCAAUGGUAUAGACGAGCCGAGCAGCCGAUCCGAGUUGCAGCGUGGUAUGGCACUAAUGGAGCCGCGACUAUUAUCGCGGCUGCUCUGUCCUAUGGCCUGGGGCAUAUUAAAUCGGAUCUACUGAAGGAGUGGCAAAUCAUCUUCCUCUUUGUCGGCCUUGUCACGAUCGUCUCCGCCCCAUUCAUCUACUGGAAGCUCGACAAUGAUAUCCCAUCCGCUCGAUUCCUAACAGAUCAAGAAAAGGCACAAGCUAUUGAGAGACUCCGAGCCAACCAAACAGGAACAGGAAGCCGAGAGUUCAAGUGGCAACAUCUCCUCGAGGCCGCCAUGGAGCCUAAAACCUACUUAUGGAUCGCCAUGGCACUGCUGCUUAAUGUCGGUGCGAGUGUGACCAACACAUUCGGUCCUCUUAUCUUAAACGGCCUAGUUUCUGAUAAGUAUAUGACGAGUUUGCUGAAUAUGCCCUUUGGCGCUUUACAGACUAUUGUUAUCUUGCUGGCGAGUUUCUUAGCCCAAAAGGCGCGGGUUAAAGGCGUUAUACUUAUGCUUUUCAUGAUUCCUGUUGUCGCUGGCUUAGCUGUUCUCUACUCUGUACCUCGAGACAAUUCCGCAAAAGCAGCACUUCUCGUGGGAUACUAUCUCCUCGCCUUUCUCUUCGGCGGAAAUCCCCUUAUUGUCACCUGGAUCGUUGGCAAUACGGCUGGUACCACAAAGAAAUCUUCGAUCAUGAGCGUCUACAAUGCCGCUAGCUCGGCCGGCAACAUCAUUGGGCCAUUGCUAUUCAAUGAUAAAGACGCUCCGGCCUAUAAGCCCGGUCUCCGUGCUUGUUUGGCCAUCUUUGUGGCCCUCGUCGCCGUUGUCGCCAUCCAGUGGGCUAACCUUAUUGUCCUGAACAAGCUCCAAGAAAAGAAGCGUGUGCGCAACGGCAAAAAGGCCAAGGUUGUCGAUCACUCAAUGGAUUCGACAUAUCAGACUAUGGACGAGCGUAACACGGUUGAAGAGGCUGUUAUUGCACAGGAGAAUGCAGCUGGCACUGCAGAGUUUGUGGGAGAGGCUCGGCUUGGGGAGCAGGCGUUUCUGGAUCUUACGGAUCGUCAAAAUGACGAGUUUGUUUAUAUAUAUUAA